AUGGCCGAGCCAUUCAACACGCCCGUGCCCGGCGCAACACCUGUGCCAGGCGCGUCGCCGGUCUACGGCACGCCGGUUCCGGGCGCCACGCCGCGAUCCACGACGCCCGAGAUCGAACGCGCCGCCCGCCCCAUCGUCCUCCACAUCGGCGACGAGGUCCGCUACAACCCGGCGACAUACGCCGAGUUCGCCCGCAAAUUCGACAUUGUGCGGCCCAGCCUCGCCGAGCGCCAGCGACCCGUCUUUGCCCAGGCCCUGCGCGAGGGCCGCUGGGGGCAGUUUGCGGCCAUCUUCCGGCCGUUCUGGGGAAGUGGCGGUGAGAUGGGCGCAUGGGACGAGGACCUGGUGGCGCUGCUGCCCGCCAGCUGCAGGGUGUUUGCUAGUGCCGGCGCAGGGUUCGACUGGGCCGACACCAAGGCUCUGGGGGCUCGUGGCGUCAUUUAUUGCAACGCCGGGCUGGCGGCCGCCGAGGCCGUGUCCGACUUUGCGGUGGCCAUGGUGAUUUCGACGUUCCGCCACCUGGCCUGGUGCAUCGGCGCGGCCACCCUGGCCGACCCGGCCCUGCGAAGCGCCGCCUUUGCGGCCAGCCACAGCCGGACCACGGCCCAGUCGCACAACCUCCGCGGCCACGUCCUCGGCCUCGUCGGCAUGGGCAACAUUGGCCAGAGCAUCGCCGCCAAGCUCGGCUGCGUCGCGUUCGGCAUGCAGAUCCACUACCACGACAUCGUCCGCAAGCCGGCCGCGCUCGAGCAGGAGCUGCGCGCGACCUACCAUGCGUCGCUGCAGGACCUGCUGGCGGUGGCCGACUGCGUCGUCCUCUGCACGCCCGCCGCGGCCGACGGCACGCCGCUCAUCGACAAGGCGGCCCUCGCCCAGAUGAAGCCCGGCGCCCGGUUUGUCAACGUGGCCCGGGGCUCGCUCGUCGACGAGGAGGCGCUGGCCGACGCCCUGGAGGACGAGGCGGGCGGGCUCGCGGCGGCCGCCCUCGACGUCCACGCCACCGAGCCUCACGUCCACCCUCGGCUCCUGCAGCUGGCCACGCUGUCGGCGGCCGCGUCGACGCCCAUCCCGGCGCGCGUCAUGCUGACCUGCCACAACGCGGGCGGCACCGUGGAGACGCACAUUGGCUUCGAGGAGCUGAGCAUGCGCAACAUUAUGGCCGUUCUGGACGGCGGCCAGGCCAUUACCCCGGUGAACCUGCACUACAUGACGUGA